GCCGGACGCCGCACCGGGGGUUCACCCGAGCGUUUACUUUUUUUUUGCGCCCCGAGAUGGCAUGAAUGAGGAAGGAAUCAUGGAAGACGUGAAACCCGCUUUCAAUAACGGGCAGGUCGUAUUUGGAUCUAUGCUAGUGGAUUCCAACUCUGCCACGCCUUAUUCUGAUGCUACCAAGACGAAGAAGCACCGUCCGAAUCACAUAAAGCGGCCGAUGAACGCGUUCAUGGUGUGGUCGCAGCUGGAGCGGAGGAAGAUCUGCGAAGUUGCACCUGAACUGCACAACGCAGAGAUAUCCAAGCAACUUGGGAGGCGGUGGAAGCUCCUCACGGAUGGCCAGAGGAAACCUUUCAUCGAAGAAGCCGAGAGGCUUCGCCUCCUGCACUCUCAGGAGUACCCAGACUAUAAAUAUAGACCCCGCAAGAAACCCAAGAACAAGGAUGAAUCUCAGGAACAUACCAAGCAAUCUCAGGUCAAGAAGAGGAGCCAUCAUAGGUAUGAGAGCGGGAAGAAGCAAGGAACGGGGCCUGGGAACGGGAUCCAGACGAGCAAACUCGUCCUGUCAACACAAGCGAACCUGAGAGAGGUGCCUCAUGGGGCCCAAGUGACCCAUAAGGUGCCGCCGUCUCCGACGGGCUCCGAGACACCGAGUUCCCCUGGGUCUCUCCACCUUUACGAGGAUGGGAUCCCCCCUGGUGGGUACCCACCCCCGUCUGCACUCCUCACGCCGGCUUCUUUAUCUCCGGCUUCCCCGCCUACCCCGCCUCUGCCCACCUUCUCGUCCCUGAAGAGCCCCCUGGAGCCUCUGGAUGUCCCGUUGGAACUGGACGCCCUGUGGCAGGGCAACUACCUCACGGAUCCCACCUGCAACAACCUGGACGUGAACCUAAUCGAUAUGGACGGGCUCUUCGAUUCCCAGGCCUUCCCAUCCGUCUUGCUGAAUUCUCUGUGAGAUAUUUUUCCCCCAUCUCUUCUGUGCCACUCUCAUCAUACACACAUUCCUCAAUAUUUGUCUCUUCCUUGGAUGACUGGAUCUGUCAUUUGCAUCGGAUCCCUUCAUCCAAGGACUUCCCUCCCAUUUCCAAUGAUUUCUCAAUGCACCUUUGAUCUCAGAUAGUCCUCGAUGUGUUGGAUCUGAAAUUUUUUGUCUCUAAAUUUCUUUUUUUUUCUGUAUUAUGCAAACACGUGCCCUCGCGUGUUUCCAUCUCGGUGCUAUACAGAGAUUGUUUAUUGUGUGUCUGUUAAACGUUCUUUCCAUGAACCCGAGAGCAAUGUAAGGUCUGUGAAUCAGAUGUUAUUUCUCUAGAGGAGGAGUUCCAAAGGGAUUUUAUUUAGACGAUACUUGCUUUGUUUCCACUCUCACUCUUUAGCAUUUAGUCAAGGAUGCAUGAUUUCUUGUGUGAAGAAAAUCUUAAUCCUCUUUUGUCGGGACCAAACCCCGUCUUCCAAUCGCCAUUCCCACCAAAUUGCAAACCUGAAAUUGAAUAUUUUCUUUUUUUAUUUGUCGCUUUUGGAGACGUCAUAUUAUAUACAGCUCAACCAAAGUGUGUCUUCGAAGGAAAGGCGAUGUCCUUUUUCCCUCUCUCUCUUUAUCUUUUCCGAGAUAUUUGUUGGAUCUUUUGUGUUGUUUUUUUUUGUAUAGAAUUUGUUCAGCCGC